UGAAUGCAGCAUUAUUUCCUGUUCUGAGGUUACGUCGUCUGUCCAAACCACCAAACGCACUUAAAUGUAUUUAACGUCCAUGUAUUUGCUUGACACUCAGCCUGAGACGUGUUUCCUGAGAUAUGACGGCGUAAGAGGUUUCCCCGCAAUGUUUUGGGGACACUCGGACGCGGCUCGACGACUUGGACAUUCAGCGGGCUCUGCGAGCGAGUGAGAGACAUGGACAACUCUGUCACACUCUGGCAGUUCCUCCUCCAGCUACUACUAGAUUCCAGUAAUGAGCAGCUCAUCUGCUGGACCAAUGAAGAAGGGGAGUUCAAGCUGCUGCAGGCGGAGGAGGUGGCCCGGCUGUGGGGUGCUCGAAAGAAUAAGCCCAACAUGAACUAUGACAAACUCAGCAGGGCCCUCAGAUACUACUAUGACAAGAACAUUAUAAAGAAGGUGAAUGGUCAGAAGUUUGUUUAUCGCUUUGUGUCCUAUCCUGACAUCCUGAAAGGCGAGGUUGUUGCACGAACAGAGGGUGGGGAUGUCAGUGCUGGUGGUGUUCCUGUCCUAACAAGAAGGGACAGCACCUUACAGGAUGGUGAAUCUUGUGACAGAACCAAGGUAGGAGGAAGCACAGGGGUUCUGGGCACAAGCUCCAAACAGUCAAACCGUAAUGAUUACAUCCACUCUGGUAUGUACACCUCCUUCACGCUCAACUCCCUACAAAAUGGACGCCAGCUCUUCAAAUCCAUCAAAAUGGAGAACCCAGCAGAGAAGAUGGCUGAAAAGAGAGGGCUCAUCGCCAUAGCCCAGAGCCAGCUACAACAACCGACUGCUUUACCAUCCGUCAUCAAGUUUGGAAAUACCCCUCCAAAGCCAGCACCGCAUCCUCAGGUUGCCAUUGAUUCGACCCUGGUGUCCAAUCACUUGGAUUCUCUGCAAGCUCCUCCCCCAAGGGUUGAAGGAAUCAGCACACACUCCACCCUGUACGCAUUCGAGCAAACCCGUCCAUCAGAGUCAACUUUCACCAUAUCAGACAUGACUUCGGCCAGUCCAUCCCCAAGCUUAGUGCCUGACUCCUCCCAGGACCUGAUGAUUGACAGUGACAUCGAGUCAGGUUCAUCACAGCCAGCAGAUGCUCAGGCACAAGAGAAGGUGGAUGGUGGCCUCGGUCUGUCGGGAGAUGAGAUCAGCUUGGUCGACGCUGAAACCAGUUCAUCUUCAGUGAGCAGCUGCACCACAGUCAGCACUCAGAGCUCAGGAAAGGCACGCAAGCUGCCAAAAAUCCUGCACAUCAGCCCACCAGCUCUGUUGGUUACCGCCUCCGACUUCUCCCCCUCAAACCUCUGCAGCCCCUCACUACCCACUGCCUCUCUCACACCAGCAAUGCUACAGACUCCCACUCUGUUGCUGACUCCAAGUCCCCUGCUAUCCAACAUCCACUUCUGGAGCACACUCAGUCCAGUCGCACCUCUCAGCCCAGCCACACGGCGCCAGAGUGCCCAUCUGUUCCAGUUUCCCUCCGUCCUCACUCCGCAGUUCCAGAUCCCUGUACUCAGUGCAGAUGGUACCAACACACCCGGACCCAUUUCACCAGAUCCUCAAAAGACGUAGAAUUUACCUCCCACAGCCUGAACCCUACCCCCAACACACAUAUACAGGCACCAUCUCAUGCUCCCACAUCCCUUACAGAAUCGUGGAAGCUUAUUGCCAUUGUCAUUGCCAUUCCCCAUCACUCUGGUGCUUUAGAGUUUGCUGCCACAGAACUCUCACUACAGUCAGUGUGUGUGUGUGUGUGUGUGUGAAGGACCUGAAGAGACGUUGGCAGUCCAGGUUUAAUGGAAGAGGAUAUUACAUUCAAUUGUUUCAUAGCAUUUUUAUCAUGUACACCCUGAGGAUGCCAUACAGCACUCAUACACACUGAUGCCACUGCUCAGUUAGCACUUAUGAAUUAUUUUUGUCUCACUUUUCGGGAUCCUCAGUCAUACCAGCUCGAUGGAGGGAGGAAUUUCCAUGGCAACAACGUGUGCAUGUGGAUUGGACCCUCUGCAGUUACAAUCUGCUUCAUACUUGGACAAACAGAGCAAUGUGAUCUGAAUGUUUUCAUUUAGAAAUUCCCUCCUCGUGUAAAGGUGUUCCUGCCAAAAAGACCCGUCUUUGUUUUCAUAUCGGUUCCUUUACCAAUGUCCUCCCGGCCCCGCUUUUUGCUCAGUCCUUAUACUUUAUAAUCUAUACUCUUUAACCUAAGUACUUGCAUGUUUAACUCUUUUAUCUUCUUUGUCAAACCUUGCCUUCAGCUGCUUUCUUGGCUAACUCUAGCCAUAUCCAGCAAGACUUUUACCCUGACUGUCUUAUGAUGUAUGGCCAUAUUCCUCGCUGAACCUUAAAUCCUGCUUCUAUGUUGCUCUUCUAGUGGGUGUGUGUAUAUAUAUAUAUAUACAUGUGUAUGUAUAUAUAUACUGUAUGUGUACAGUAGAAUGGCCCUGAAAGCCAGCCUUGGCCUGGUCUUUCUCCAGCCAGUAAGCUUUUAAGGUGGUAAUGAAAGAAAGUGAAGCCAUAAUCCUCUCUGAGCAUCGACUCUGCCAGUUGCAACCUGCGUAUCAUGUAUGUCUUACUGCUCUGAGGCUGCCUUUUCAAUUGUUAAAGGCAGCCAAAAUUCAGCCAUUUUAUUAGAGUAUUUAUUUUUUUAAGGAAACAUUGCAGUAUAAAAGGUACAUUUUCAAGAUAUCGCGUCGGUUGGCAUUUUGGCAAAUACACUUUUUUGUUUGUUUUUUAGAGACUUAAAUGACAAGAUUGAUACCACUCUUGUGUUUGUACAGGAAAUAUGAACCUUACGUUCAGAGUACAGUGUGUAGAAAGUCAGAAACAAUGAUUUUCAUUAUUGUUUGCAAUAACUAAAUAUCACCUGAAAGUUUAUAAAGGUUGUAUUUUUGUUAGACCUUGUAUGGUAUGGGAAGUGUGUGUUUACCAUGUUGUUCAGCCAUAUUUAUAAAGUAGCCCAAUAUAGGCAAAUCAAAUACUGGCUCUAGGUAGGGCUUUUCUCAUUUUGAUGGUACCUGAAGGUCACCAUAGUUCACCAUUGUUCAUACAAUACUAAAAAUAAGGAAACUGGUCUAGCAUUGUGACACAUUUAUUAAAGCUAUUAACACUUUUACAGGAAAAGGUGAGAUGGAUGUUGCCUGGCAGCUAAUGAUUAUUUCUUGAAAUAUAUUUUAUAAAGGUGAGAUUUAGUCUUCAGAGCAGCUGUUUUGUUCCCAGUCUGUAUGUUAAGCAAAGUUACGUGAGCGCUGGCUUCAGCUUUAUUUUGAUACCGACACAAGAGAGGUGUCAACCCUGCUCAUCUAAAAAGUUAAAUGUAUUUGCCAAACCCGUCUGUUUGAUUUUGUGGAGUCCAACCGGAACUGAAACCACGUCGAGUUGUUCCUCUUGAAGCAGAAUCACUUAAGACUUUAAGAGUCCAUCGUCCUGUCCACAGCUUUGCUCAGCUUUCUAAUGGCUUUAAUGAUUUGUUGCUUACGGUGUGAGUGCAAUGACUUAAACCCAGAGAGAAGCUCCACAUCAGCUUGACUCGCGUCGGCUCACUGAAACAGUGACCCUGAAGCGAACUACUUUCCCCUAAAACGUGCUCCUCUAGAUUCUCAGCCAUGGAAGUUUUGCACCCGUUUUGUGUGCGACUUUGAAGCCAUAAGUCAGAGACACACCUUUGAAUGCUAUUAAACGCAAAUAUCGUGCAUCGCUCUUGAUUACACAUUACUUAAAACAUGCAAGUGUGUCUGUGUUUACCUAAGUGUCACUUUCUCACUCAGCGAUGGAUGACUAACGAUUCUUGUAAGUGGGUGGGGAACUUGUGCUCACUUUAACUUAAGCUACAGACAUAACCCCCACUCCGAACUUCAAUUCAUGAUGCAUAUGGUGCCUUACCACAGCCAAGCCCAAGUUUCUCUCCCAGAAGUGGUUGGAGUUCUCUCAUUGGAAACCAAGUUACACACGCAACAGUAUACGACGGCAACGCUGUCUGUUCUCAUGCCAUAUUCUUUACAUAGACCAAACCAGAGGAGUAAAACUUCACGGGGACGUUUAGUGUGCGACGACACAGCAGCUCGUUUACUCUGCCACAGUGUGUGUGUGUGUGGGAGCUGCGGUGUUCAUGUUGCUUUACAUCGACGGCAACAUGGGUUAUUAUGCACAACAUGGAACAAAAAAAAAGAAUCUGGCCACGUUUUAAGAAGUAGUAGCCAUGUCUCUUUCCAACCUGCUUAUAAAUGUAUGUGACAACCGAUCUACUCAGAAAAAAAAAGAUCUAGAUAUAUAAUAUGAAACCUGUUAAUCGUUUUUGUGUAAUCAAUUAUUUUCCUGUAAUACCAAUAGAAUUUUAAGAUUAAUUUCUAUUUUUAUAACGGCCAGAUAGAUAGGUGUCUGCUCUUUUGGGUUCCUGUUCUGUUCUCUUUGUGCAUGUGUUCCCUUUUUGUUGUUCUCCUCCUGUGGAGUUUGGACACGGCUGCCCAGUUGUUUUUUUAGUUGUUUUCUUUUUUUUUUUUUUAAGGAAAUCAAAGCCUUAUGGGGAGAGAUCUAAAUCUAUGUUUUUAUAUGUGUUUUGAUAUAGUGUUGAUAUUGUACUUGCAGAUGUUGUGAUGAGACGUUUGCACUUAAAAAGUCGGGGGUUCCUGUUGUAUUGGAUUCUGUCACUUUUCUAUGACUCGGAUAUUCUCUUUGAUGACAUGUUUGUUGACAUUUGCGUACCAAGAAAUGUAUAUUUUCCCAAAGGGACGAUACAGUUAUGCACUUCGUAUUUUAUACCACAAACAGAGUUAAAUCUAAUCUUCUACAGUACAUAUCAAAGCAUUUGUGAUACUUUGUGUAAUUAGGCAGUACCACACACUAUUUAUUUAUUUGAAUUUAUAUUUAAGCCCAAUAGAAUUGGUUUCUUGCAUUCACUUCAAAAAGCCUUUAAUGGCAAAUGCCUGUUAAACUUGCCCCACCAACCUUGGAUUUGUAAUUGGCACAAUUCUUCAUUUGUAUUUUCUGAUGUUUUCCCCUCCGCUUACCUUGUAAAAUGUUUAAAAAAAGAAAAAGAAUUUGUUCGGUCCAGUUCUCUAUUGGUUUGAUCCUUUUUUCAAAUGUUUACAAGCUACUUGUUUUAAGUGGCAUAUUGAUGUGAGACAGGGGGAUAGGAAGUGUUUAUAACGGAGGAGACAGGUGAGACCAGUAAUAAAAGAUCUCUGACUAAACA